AUGUGGAGCGUGAAGCUGGUGGUGUGCGCCUUGCUGGUGCUGUCCGUGUCCAGCGGACAGUCGGAAGCUCGAGCUCUCACGGCGACGCCGCAGGGAGGACCGGCGGCGGGGGACGGCGGAGGCCGGAAGGAUGAGUACGCGUCGAAGCGGGAGACACCCACCGGCCCAAACCCUCUUCACCACCGUUCCCUCCCCACGAAGCUCUCCGACCCUGUCCCCCUCAUCUGA